AUGGCGGAGGAAUUUGCCGAUGCCACCCUGACGGAGGCCGAGAUGCGAGAGCUGGAAAAGAGGGGGGCUCGCUUGGAUUCAUUGAAUCAAGAUAAAGGGGAAGCCCUGAAGGCGAAGGACUUGCACGAUGCCACCCUGACGGAGGUCGAGAUGCGAGAGCUGGAAAAGAGGAUUCCUCCCUUGGAUUCAUUGAAUCAAGAAGCAGAGGAAGCCGUGAGGGCGGAGGACAAUCCCGAUGCCACCUUGACGGAGGUGGAGAUGCGAGAGCUGGAUAAGAUGUUGCGUCAAUUCUUACCAAAGAAUCAGCUUGGAGAGGACUUGAAGAAACGAUUCUUCUUCCAUUGGCUCCACCACCACCACCACCACCACUAUCACCACCAUCACCACCACCACCACCACCACCACCAUUACUACCACCACUACCACCACUGCUCCUAUCGUCAUCACCGGAAGAUGAAGCCGUGA